AUCUUAAAAAAACUCAAACCCGCAAACAACCGUGGAUUAAUAGGUUCGUAAUCCAAGCCUGAAGAGACAGGGACGAAGCUUAUAAAAAGUUUAAAAUAACCAAAUUAAAUUCAGACUGGAAUCUGUAUAAGAAAAAAAGGAACAUUUACGCCUUACAACAGGAAAAGUUCCAAAAGCAAUAAAAACUAGUGUUAUAGUGCCUAUUCCAAAAGUGUCACACCAAGUAAACCAGCACAAUACCGACCCAUUAACUUGUUAUCAGUGAUAGACAAAAUCUUGGAAACCGUGGUUUGUGCGCAGUUACGGGAGUUUCUGGAGGCAAGAAAGCUGUUGUUUGAGGGACAGUCGGGAUUUCGGGAAAAACACUCGUGCGAGUCGGCGCUGCAGUAUGUCUGUUCGAAAUGGCGUUCAUACAUUCAUGACGGGAAUAUUGUGUUAAGUGUAUUCAUCGACCUUCAACGUGCAUUUGAGACUAUUGAUAGAAAAAGACUGAUCCAGAAAUUGCAGACCUAUGGGAUUACAGACAGUGCACUAAAAUGGUUUAAGAACUACGUGAAAGACCGUUUUCAUAUGACGAAGAUUAAUAACGUGGCGUCAAAUUCAAUUGAUAGUGAAAUUGGGGUACCUCAGGGUAGUGUGUUGGGCCCGCUUUUGUUCCUACUUUAUAUAAAUAAAUACAUUUCUGAGCUUAUUUGCAGACAAUACAUGUUUUUUGGGACAAAGCAGAACUGUAAUACAUUUUUAGAAAAUAAAUUUUGUAUUGAGAUAGAUAAUAUUCAAAUUGAAAGUGCAUCUAGUAUUUGUAUUUGUAUUUGGGCGUAGUUUUAGAUCCUCAGCUAAAUUUUUCAUUGCAUGUUGAUUAUGUUAGUAAAAAAAUUGGGAAAAAAUAGGAUUUUAGGCGAAUAUCUGAAAGUCUUAGUCACUGGAGUCGUCUUCUUGUAUAUAAUUCCAUCAUAUAUCCACAUUUUAUUGUUUUUCAUUGUUGCUAUCAUGCAUAAAAUUUGACAUGCAAAGGCUCCAGUUACUACAAAACAAGGCUAUGCGCACUAUAUUAUUUUGUACACGUUAUACGCCUAUUAAUUUAAUGUUAAAAACCGUCGGAUGGCUUUCAAUACAGCAAAAGGUUGAAAUGUCAAAUGUCUUAUUUAUUUUUAAAACAAAAAAUCAUUUAUUGACUGAAUACUUGCAGGAAUAUCUAAUACCGAGGUCCGAGAGGCAUGCAUAUAAUAUCAGGUCACAUAACACUUUUGACAUAGAAUUCGCUAGAACAUCCCAUAUGCAAAAAUGUCUUUUUAGUGAUGGUUUGAGCCUUUUUAAUGCAUUAUCUACAGAAAUUAGAGAAGCGACGUCUGUAAAUAUAUUUAUUCGUAAAGUUAAGCAAUUGUAUCUAGAUAAAAUGGCAUAAUAUAUGUACUUUCUGUGUUAAGAUAACUGUAUGUCAUCUCGCAUUUGCUAUUGUUGCAUUUACUGUGGUUGCAUUUACUAUGAUUUUAAGGGAAUCUAGAAUUACUGAUUUUUUGUUUAUUACUUGAGUAAGACACUAUUAUAAACUAUAGGAAGUAGCUAGGGGCUAAGAAUAAUAAGCAUCUCAUUUCAUUUCAUAUUGAUCCACCCAUAAUUUUACAUCCUGCAUGAUGAAAAAAAUUAUAAAUUUGAGGAUACUAGAUAUAAUUACCUGAGGUUUUUUCUAUGUAAUGUACACAGUUUUUGUAUAUUGUUUUUUUUAUAUUACCCACAACUAGAUCUCGGCGACAACGCACAACCUCGAUCAAUCAAACUACACAGAAUAAGGGUGUUACAGAGUCAAUCUUGAGAACACCACAAAGAACAAUUUAUACAGCUGGCAGGCCACCUUGGUACAACUGUGAAGGACAAAAGGUUGAGCCAUUUGUCAUUGGGAUAUGCGGUGGAAGCGCAUCUGGAAAAACAACAGUAGCACAGAAGAUAAUAGAGUCGCUUGGAGUGCCAUGGGUAACUUUGUUGAGUAUGGACUCUUUCUACAAGGUUCUAAACGAGAAGCAACAUGAAAUGGCCGGCAUAAAUGAGUACAAUUUUGACCAUCCCGACGCCUUUGACUUUGACCUCCUCACAUCCACACUUCAGAGACUUAAAGAAGGGAGGAAGGUGGAGGUGCCUGUUUAUAAUUUCGUCACGCAUUCAAGGGAAGCAAGAACGAAAACAAUGUAUGGCGCCAACGUGAUAAUCUUUGAGGGCAUAUUAACCUUCCACCACCCCAAAGUAGUUGAGAUGCUUGACAUGAAAAUCUUCGUGGACACAGAUGCUGACGUCAGACUAGCGAGGCGUCUCAAAAGGGACAUCAGCCAAAGAGGCAGGGACCUUGAUGGAGUAUUAAAGCAAUAUACGGGAAUGGUACAACCUUCUUUCAACCACUACAUCGCACCUCUGAUGAGCCAUGCUGAUAUUAUCGUCCCUAGGGGUGGGGAGAAUGAGGUGGCUAUACAGCUGAUUGUGCAGCAUGUACAAACUCAGUUGCAACUGAGAGGGCUGAAACUGAGAGAAGAGCUAGUGGCAGCAUACGCUUCAAAUAAACAACCACGUCCAGACACCAUCAAGCUUCUUCCUACCACUCCACAGAUCCGUGGAUUGCACACCUUUAUAAGAAAUAAGGACACUCCAAGAGACGAAUUUAUAUUUUAUAGUAAACGGCUCAUAAGACUCGUCAUUGAAUAUACACUUUCUUUGAUGACGUUUGUCGAUAAGUCUGUUGAAACUCCUCAGGGCGUUGUAUAUCAUGGUAAACGAAUGGCUACAAAUAAUAUCUGUGGUGUGUCAAUUCUGAGAGCAGGAGAAACGAUGGAGCAAGCAGUAUGUGAUGUCUGUAAGGAUAUUAGGAUAGGAAAAAUUUUAAUACAAACCAAUCUACAAACUGGAGAGCCAGAAUUAUAUUACCUGCGUCUGCCCAAGGACAUCAAAGACUACAAAGUCAUCCUGAUGGACGCUACCGUUGCCACCGGCGCAGCCGCUAUAAUGGCCAUCCGUGUCCUUCUCGACCACGACGUGCUGGAGAGCAACAUCCUCCUCGUAUCCCUGCUGAUGGCCGAAUCGGGGGUCCAGUCCAUCGCGUACGCCUUUCCAAAGGUCACCAUUGUCACGACGGCCAUCGAUCCUGAAAUCAACGGACGGUUUCACGUGAUGCCGGGCAUCGGCAACUUCGGUGACAGGUACUUCGGCACGGAGCCGAACUGUUAGAAGUCCGGAUAAGGGUUGGAACCCCCCCUAGAGGUCUAGAUUCGAGUUUGGUUGAUGGUCUUGCAAGGUUGCCAGGUCAACUGUAGAUUCAUUAACAUUAGACAAUUUAUCAAAUCGGGUAUUUUGUAGGUACUUGAGGAAGCAAUUUAGUUGAGGACGUUGGAUAUUUUUGCGUCCCACGCAUAAUCGAGAGAAGUAUCGUAGACAUUUUUUUGUUACAUUAUGAAAGUCGUGUAACUCGAUAGGGAAUAUGCAUGAUUUUUUCCUUAUUCGUUGGACUGUCGCUUGCCAUUUUAUUUUCCACGCCAAUUGGCGAGGAAGUAUUGUAAUCACGAACGAUCUCGAAAAAAUUUUUUGGAUGUUAGGUGACAUGUACAUCACAUAAAACAAUGUCACACAUUCUCGUCUGUUUGUCUGUCCGCUAAUCCUUGGCCCCUCUAGAACUACCAUGCCAAGGACGAAAAAUCUUUGUAUUUUUUUUUUAAAAUUGAUCCGGUGGCGAUGGAGGUACCGGCAAAAACGUAAAAAACCAAUUUCGACGUUUCAGGUAUUCCUGCCGUCUUUUCAGUUUUUUGGCCUUUAAUAUAUUUAUGCGAUUCUAACCCCGGCAAUUCCAUGCACCAUUAGUCAUAUACAAUUUACGACUAAAUGAACCCUUGAAAACGCGCAACGAAAAUAUGAGCGAACACAAAACAGUACUACAACGUUCUCGAACUUUGUAUUUGCAUAUUCUGCUUCUUGGUAAUGUUUGGACUAAAAGGAUUAUUUUGAUCAUUUUAGGGAGCAAUUAAAAAAUAAAUCGAGAGUCUCGAAAUAUUAUAUAUACAUAAGCCAAAUAUGUAGAUUACUUGUUUUCUCGAAGUUUUAUAUUUCAUAUCUAAUCAUCAUAAAAUCACAUGAAAAAAACUGGCACAGAUAUAUUUUGUUCGAUAACAUGCCAAAACGUAUAUAUUUUGACUUUUACAUACUACGCUCGAUUUCUAAAAAAAAUAUCAGGAUUGACAUCAAUCACAAGUUAGAAAACAGUAUCGACUGUCAGUAUGAGAAACGUGAAUGAGUGAGAAUUGAGAUAAACUUGACUUCUUACUUUAGUUUGUUCGUAGCAAGGGGGUGUAAGAAUGGGUGUGGUGUCAACUGCAGUAUUAUCAAUAUUCGCAAUAUUGCGAUUCAGCUAGGCUAGCAAUAAAAACGUUUAUCAUGGGGCUCACUUUGGCAUUUAGGUAUACACGUUUCAUUUACUUCAUAGGUUUUUAUUAGUGGGAUUUUUCUAGGGUUAUUUGAAUACACAAUACAUAACAUUUUUUGACCUGACAACCUUGUAGUGGGUUCAGUUAUGCAUUACAUUGUGUCAUUUCUAAUAAUUCAUGGAAACGAGAAGAUCUGACUUUUACUUUUGUGGAUAAUAGAUCUACCAGAUAAAUUGUGUAUUGCACAACUGCCGGUGGGUUUGGUAUUUGUUAUUUAUAACAGUGUCUUGAUGUUUUUUGGUGAUAUUUUGUGUUAUAUAGACACCAAUAUCAGUGAUAUAUAAGGCAAAUUAUGCCUUACAAACGAUACUUAAGUCAAUGUUAGUAUUAUCUGUUAUUUAUUUUGAAUAAGAGCAUUGAUGCAUUUCUUUGAGUAGGAAUUUAGUUUUCUUCUUUAUCAGAGAUAUAAGCCUGAUAUUCCUUGACCAAUGCACACUACUUUAAGGAUCUAGUUGACUAUCGUGAAAUACAGAUUCUGAAAUAUAGAGAUACGUUUUUGUAGAAAAUUCAAUCAUAGAAUUAUAUUUUUUACCAAUGAUUAUGCACAAUUACAAAUAUUUGUUGCUGGAAUCGUACCCAAUGCAAUUAUUGAAUUAUUGAGAAUGUUUUCAAUAUAUUCUGAGCUGGAUGUUUGAAUCUUUAUACAGAUACUGAUUUUUCAUAAACAUGUUGUCUAUUACGCAUGAUACUUUUUCAAUGUGUUUACUGUAAAUGGCUAUGUGAGGAAUAAAGUAUUGAAAAGCA